CACUUCUCACCCGAUUUCUCCGCCACGCACCCUUGUAUUACAUCUUAUUAAAACUGUACUUAUUUAAUUUCCUUUUAUUAACCUUUUUACGCCUUUUCUUAUUAUUACUGUACUGCUUCUUCUUUUUUCCCUUUCUUUUUCAAAUCCCGAUCAUAUCCUACAGUAAUUUUUCCCUCUGUUUCGGAAAAUGGGAUUCAUCGUCGGAGUGGUGAUCGGGUUUGUCGUCGGCUUUGCUAUCAUAGUUCUCUUUGUUCGGAACGAGAACACUCGAUCCAAGCUUCGAAAUGAUCUCGCAACGACGGUGGCUGCUUUUGCGAGAAUGACAGUGGAAGAUUCGAGAAAGAUCUUGCCUGCAGAUUUCUACCCAUCUUGGGUUGUCUUCUCGCAGCGCCAGAAGUUGACUUGGCUUAAUCAGCACCUUACUAAGAUAUGGCCUUACGUUGAUGAGGCAGCAUCUGAUCUGAUAAAGACUUCGGUGGAGCCGGUGCUUGAACAAUAUAGGCCGAUUAUAUUGUCUUCUUUGAAGUUUUCUAGGUUUACUCUUGGCACUGUUGCACCUCAGUUUACUGGAGUAAGUAUUAUUGAAGAUGAAGCUGAUAGCGUUACAAUGGAGUUGGAAAUGCAGUGGGAUGCAAAUUCAAGUAUAAUACUAGAUAUCAAGACUUAUCUUGGUGUAUCACUACCUGUGCAGGUGAAAGAUAUUGGAUUUACUGGAGUUUUCAGGUUGAUAUUUAAGCCCCUGGUGAAUGAGUUUCCUUGCUUUGGAGCUGUUUGUUUUUCUCUGAGAAAAAAGAAAAAGUUGGAUUUCACCCUGAAAGUCAUUGGUGGUGACAUAUCAACUAUUCCAGGACUUUCUGAUGCUAUUGAGAGCACAAUACGGGAUGCUAUAGAAGAUAAUAUCAUGUGGCCUGUAAGAAAAAUUAUACCGAUUUUGCCUGGUGAUUAUAGUGAUUUGGAGUUAAAGCCAGUUGGAAUACUAGAGGUGAAGCUUGUCCAGGCUCGGGACUUAACAAACAAAGAUAUUAUUGGGAAAUCGGAUCCGUAUGCUGUAUUAUAUGUACGCCCUUUACCUGACAAAACAAAAAAAAGUAAAACAAUUAACAAUGAGCUGAAUCCUAUAUGGAAUGAACACUAUGAAUUUGUCAUUGAGGAUGCUACAACUCAGCACCUGGUGGUAAGAAUCUAUGAUGAUGAGGGGGUUCAGGCAUCUGAGCUCAUCGGAUGUGCUGAAGUACUCUUAAGGGAUCUUGAACCUGGUAAAGUGAAGGAUGUCUGGUUGAAUCUGGUUAAAGACUUGGAGAUCCAGAGAGAUACAAAGUACAGGGGGCAGGUGCACUUGGAGCUUUUGUACUGUCCCUUUGGCAUGGAGAAUGGUUUUACAAACCCCUUUUCCUCCAACUUUUCAAUGACCUCCUUGGAGAAGGUUAUUAAAAGUGGAGCAAAUGGAAUAGAUGCAAUUGAAAAUGAGAAAGCAGUCACACAGAAGAAAAAGGAAGUUAUUAUUAGAGGAGUACUAUCAGUCACAGUGAUAUCUGCAGAAGAUUUGCCUAUUGUAGAUUUAAUGGGAAAGGCUGAUCCCUAUGUUGUGCUCACGAUGAAGAAGUCAGAGGCAAAACACAAAACUAGGGUUGUGAAUGACAGCUUGAAUCCAGUUUGGAAUCAAACUUUCGACUUUGUCGUCGAGGACGGAUUACAUGAUAUGCUAAUCCUUGAAGUCUGGGACCAUGACACUUUUGGGAAGGACUACAUGGGGAGGUGCAUUUUGACAUUGACUAGAGUUAUAUUGGAAGGAGAAUACAAAGAUACUCUCCAGGUAGAGGGAGCUAAAUCAGGGAAAUUGAAUCUGCACCUUAAAUGGAUGCCACAGCCGAUUUUACGUGAUUCAGGUUCUGAGUUCUAAGUAGAGGGAGGGAGCCAGGGCCUGCAAAUUUGGGUUCACGACUCAAGUAUGCCAAAGCUGCGACUUUAUUCCAGUUCAUGGGGUUGGCCAUGUUCAGUAUCUUGGAUACGGUGAGCCAUGGAUCUCAGAAAAGUUCUAGUACCCAGGUAUAUAUUUGUAGGACCUAAUACUCAAAGCUGUAUAUAUAUAUAAAAAAUUUUACCGGCUGUAUGCUUUGUGUAAAGAUCGAGUUGGGAAUAUACUAUACGAUCAACAUCAUUGCCAUAGUUUUACAUGAGAAAAGAGGGAUUUGCCCAAAGGCUAUAGCUUGAACACUGGGUACAGUCAAUCAACUGAAUGCUUUCUUGUGAUAUUACUCAUGGAUCUAUUUUCUUUUUUUAAAUAUUUUUCAGACGAUAUUUGUUUUUUCAAA